AUGAAAGGGCUGACUGACCCGGCGGUAGAUAUGAUGGUACGCGAAUUCAUGAAAACAGCACUUCCUCCGAUGCUCACUGAGGAUGAGAAAGUGUUGACUGCGCUGUGCGAUGAUGGAUUAUCUCUUUUCUCCAACAAAAGGAAUAUUUUUACGAUGGACACGCCAAUCAAACUUUUGAGAAGACAUGGUCAAAGGCUCAUUUUUGAAUCGGAAGAACGCUGCUUUAUUGUGCAUCGCAUGGCUAAUUCUAGAAUUUAUGAGGAAAGAUCUGAAGUUACAUUUGACCUCGAUAUCAAGUUUGAGGCUGGAUUUGCGAAUCUGUUGAAUGCAUAUCCUAAGUGGAUUUCCGUGUCAGAUCUGAAGUGUGCCGAUGCAGAAGACAAUGUGGUGUUGGCAAAUCUGCUUUACAGGAAUGGCCUCCUCAUGGCUAAGUUUUCGGACUCUGGGAAAUAA